GACCUUGUUUAGCUACUUUACCUCAUCGUUGAAGCCACCAAAGGGACGAGCUGAAUUUAUUCUUGUCGUUUCCAUAUCCCCUACAUCCAUGCACAUUGGCGGGCGAUGGCAUUGGUACCCUGGCACCCCCAGCCCUUAGAAAUACCAGAAGAUACUGGAUGCAAAACAAUGAUAUCGAAUUUAGUGUCCCACCAAUACCCUCUGGUGAAGCUUCCACAUCCAUUUCUCACCGCAUACAGAGUGGAAGCUAUAGGCGAAAAGUCACACACCCGAUUCAAAUUGUGUUUUGACGAGCAACCAUGGGCAGGAAAACCUUUGGCACAGCCACUGCACAACGAUUCUCUAUCGUGGGUAGAUCUAUCCUUCCUACCGAACAAUGAGCGGCCGCCUGUUUCGAAUAACAGUUCUUGGGCAAGAGCACGACGAAGCCCUCAAACUACCUUCGAAUGGACAGGAAAUAAAGCGCCGUCACUGGGCCAAAUCUGGAACGUGGUUCAUGCAAUCUACCUCGCUCACCCCAUCUACGAAUAUUUUAGACUUUCAUUAGUCGGUGCAGAAAGUGAGAUAGUAAAGCAGGAACUACUUUCUACAGGACUAGGAAUCGAGCACUCAAAACCGUGGCGGCUAAAUGAUGACCGAACUUUCACAACAGAGGAGGUUCUAAUUCUCAGGAGCUCAUUUUGGCAAGGCGCAGCUUCACCAAUGGGUCCUCGUCCGAUAUGGGUAGUUGGAGAUGGAACAGAUGGUGUUAUGCGUCAACAUCUGGCCCAAUUCCCGGUUAUGCCUGAAAGUUAUCAUUUCACAAUGAAGUUCCCGGAAGAACCUAUUUAUACACGGCACCCAAUACGUCGUCCUAAGCCACAUCCUGGAUCGAUUGUCUACAGUCGCUACAUUCCUGACCUUGAUGAACACUUUUCCCUUGAGGUGGUUAAUUGGAAGGAUGCUGAGCAUCUGAAACUAUUCAACAAAUGGCAGAAUGAUCCGCGGGUCGCUCAGGGCUGGAACGAGACUGGGACACUGGAGCAGCAUCGCGAAUAUCUGCGGAAACUGCACUUUGAUCCACAUGUUCUCUGUUUAUUUGGACGGUUCAAUGAAACAAGAUUCGCUUACUUUGAACUUUACUGGGCAAAGGAGGACCAUUACGGAGCUCAUUACGCAGCCGGCGACUACGAUCGAGGACGCCAUUCCCUUGUUGGCAAUGCAUUAUUCAGGGGCUCUCAACGAGUGAACGUAUGGUACUCUAGUUGUAUCCAUUACUGCUUCUUGGACGAUCCGCGCACGGCAAAUGUAGUGGGCGAGCCGAAAGCCACGGGUGACACUAUUCUGUCGUACGAGAACGCGCAAGGCCUUGUCAUUGACAAGUACGUUGAUCUUGGCCAUAAACGGUCGGUUCACUCAAUUGCCAGUAGAGAGAAGUGGUUUCAACUAUGUCCCUUGUUCUGGGAUGGAAGAGAACGACCCUUGGAGUCGGCGGAUCGGGCAGCGUGGAAUGCGAAGCUGUAACCUAGUAUAUGUAUAUCUGUAAUGUUUAAGUAAAAUUUGAUUCUUCAUACUGCAGUCCUAUUACCCU